ACCAUUGGCCGGCCCCACCCUCGACCCGAUCCCAGCCCUGAGUUCGGCUGCCAACUUCCCCCGAUUUGGAGCUACGGGCCAACGUAGGGACAAAAUCCUCCCUCCUCGUUUCUCUUCCGCCAGUUUCGUCUUCAUCAGUAUACCGGGAGGCGGGUGCGAGUCCUAAGAUCGGACUCCUCCCCUCGCCCGUAGAGGCCCCGGCUCCCCUCCUCUUCCUCCACCUCCUCCUCCUCCUCCGCCCCGAUGCUGCGAUGGUUGAUCGGCGGAGGCCGAGAGCCCCAGGGAUUGGCCGAGGUGGGGGUUCCAAGAAGUCUCCAGUACAGACGAUAGGUGAGGAGCAGACUCAGAAUCCCUACACUGAACUGCUGGUACUGAAAGCGCAUCAUGACAUGGUACGAUUUCUAGUACAGUUAGAUGACUACAGAUUUGCAUCUGCUGGAGACGAUGGAAUUGUGUUUUUGUGGAAUGCUCAGACAGGAGAAAAGAUUUUUGAGCUCCACGGGCAUACACAAAAAAUAACAGCUAUAACUGCAUUUCCUUCCUUGGAUUCUUAUGAAGAUAAAAGUCAAUGGAUCUUAACAGCUUCUGCUGAUAGGACUGUUAUUAUUUGGGAUUGUGAUACUGGCAGACAAGUUCAGAAAGUAUCAUGCUUCCAUUCCACAGUCAAGUGUUUGACAGUUCUUCAGAGACUGGAUGUUUGGCUGUCUGGUGGUAGUGACCUCUGCGUUUGGAACCGAGAAUUAGAUCUCCUGUGUAAGACUAGUCACCUCUUUGAUACAGGGAUCAGUGCUUUGAUUGAGUUACCUAAGAACUGUGUCGCAGCAGCAGUUGGCAAAGAACUGAUCAUUUUUAGGUUAAUAUCAUCUACAGAAGGGUCUGUAGGCUGGGAUGUUCUUGAAGUUAAACGCAUCCUUGAUCAUCAGGAUAAUAUUCUGUCAUUAGUUAACAUUAAUGAUUUGAACUUUGUCACCGGCUCCCACAUCGGGGAGCUGAUUGUCUGGGAUGCCUUGGAUUGGACAGUGCAGGCCUAUGAACGCAACUUCUGGGACCCAUCUGUACAGCUGGAUAAACAGCAAGAAAUCAAGCUCUGUCAAAAACCAAAUGAAAUUUCCAUUCAUCAUUUCACAUGUGAUGAGGAGUAUUUGUUUGCUGCUGUUGGAAGGGGCUUAUACGUGUAUAACCUUCAAAUGAAGCGUGUGAUUGCCUUCCAGAAAACUGCACAUGACUCCACUGUCCUUCACAUUGCCAAACUUCCAAACAGGCAGUUAAUCUCUUGUUCAGAAGAUGGCAGUGUUCGCAUUUGGGAGUUACGGGAGAAGCAGCAGCUGACGGCAGAACCUGUGCCCACAGGAUUUUUCAACAUGUGGGGAUUCGGAAGGGUGAACAAACCAGCCAACCAAACCAUUAAAAAACCACAAGAAAAUGGCACUGUGUGUUCCUUGGAGCUUAUUGGUGAUUUAAUUGGACACUCAUCUUCUGUAGAGGUGUGUUUGUUAUUGAUGUUCUUAUACUUUGAAGACCAUGGACUAGUGACAUGCUCUGCUGAUCACCUCAUUAUUUUGUGGAAAAAUGGAGAACGAGAGUCAGGAUUACGCAGUUUAAGAUUAUUUCAGAAAUUAGAGGAUGAUGGUGAUUUGAACCUUGGUUUCUAGUUUUGCUGAAUAAGGCAUUCAUGUGCAUGAACCCUGAAUAUCAAAGAUAGGCUAAGAAGAAUUUUAAGAGAUAUCUGGAAAAUUUUAAUAUAUUUAUCUUUUACAAAAUUUUAAAAUGCUUUUUUUCCCCAACUGGUGCAUAAAGUUCUGUUUUUGUUGUUGAAUCAUUGUAUUCUCUGAACUUGUAAAGAGUGAAUAUAUAUAUGUAUAUUCAUAUAUGUAUAUAUGAAGAGAGAGAAAUGUGUGUGUGUGUGUGUGUGUGUGUGUGUGUGUGUGCACGCACGUGAGUCCCUGUGGUAGAAACCAUUCCCCCUGAGAACUUUACCAGAUGGUCCUCACGUAGCUUCUGAGGUGAUCGCACUUGGAAUUACUAAAGAGGCUUUUCUGAAUUUAAAGAAACUGAAAUCCUCAGCUGAAUCUCGAAAACCUUACCUCUUUUAAAAUUGUAGGAUAACAAACCCACCCACAAGAGUCAUAUAAGGUUUAAAUUUAACGAGUAAUGGAAUGAAUUAUGCUCUUCUGAAACUUUCUGUACAAUUUAUCCCUGCUGAAAUUUCCUUUAUUACUAGGAUAGGAGAUGAAAAGGAACUAACUAGCUCUUUUCUUUUUAUAUUUUUAACCAUUCAGGGAAAUUGAAAAAACCAGUGUGGUCUAGUAGGAAGAGCACUGGCCUUCGAGGCAGGAGACCUGGGUCCUGAUGCGGCCUCAGAUACUUCCUGGCCAUGGGAACCUGGGCUAGGGGAAGUCAUUUCACUUCUGCUUCCCUCAUCUGUAAAAUGGGGAUCGGGAAUAGCACUUAAACUACCCACCUCAAAGGGUUGUUGUGAAGAAAGUGCUUUGUGAACUAUAGAGUGCUGUACCCAUGAGUUUUUGUCACUAUUCUUGAAACACUUCAAGUUGAUGUAGCCCUAAAAAUGAAUGUUUGGUUUUUUAACUAUUAAUCCAUAGGAUCAUAGAUUUAGAACUGGAAGGGACGUUAAAGAUCAUCUAAUCUGUUCCUUUUUAAAAGUAUUUUUUCAUGUGAAAGGAAAAGAAAACUUUUAUUAGUGUAUUGUAAAUUUGUAUUAUUCUGCUUGUAAACUGACUGCCUUGUAGAGUGAUCUUUUGGAGCAAAAAUAAUAUUGCCACCCAGAACAUG